CUUGUCUCCCCCAAACCAAGAGACCACAACAAUGACUGCUUCUUUUACCUCUUGGCGGUCUGGGGUCUCCAGGAUCCUUUGGACCGGGUUUCCUUCGUAAUCUGGAUUAGAAUGUCUGGGCAUUGAUACCCCGCGCGGUCUUUGCUGCAACCAUUACGACGUACGCGUUUACUUAUAAAAAAGGAGCCCGAUGUCCCAGUCGCGUGGUCUCGCUCUGCACCCGCAUCUCCUCUUCUUCCAGACCCAUUCCUUGCCAAUUCUUCUUCUCCAGCUUUUCUGUCUCAUCUCUUCACCAUGUCGAUCGGUUCUAGUGAUCGGCACUCUCCUUCCAAGGAGGAGGAGGGCGGCAUUGCUACUCAGAGCGAUGGUCCCACCAACGAGCGAUCGGUCCCUUAUGUUAGUGAGCAGACGGAGAAGCGUAUUCUGAAGAAGCUUGAUCGACGUAUCAUUCCUUGUGUCUGCUGGAUCUACCUCAUGAACUUCAUGGAUCGAGUUAGUAUCGGCAAUGCUCGUCUCUAUGGUCUCGAGGAGGAACUUGGUCUCACAAGAGAUCAAUUUCAAAUCUGCGUGUCGAUUCUCUUUGUUACCUACUGUCUGUUUGAAACUCCCUCCAACCUUAUAAUCAAGAAGCUGCAGCCUGCCCGAUACAUUGCCGGUCUCGUUUUCUUCUGGGGUAUUGUGGCCAUUUGCACAGGUUUCGUCAACAACUUUGGCUCAAUGGUAGCUUGCCGCCUGCUUCUUGGUUUCUUUGAGGCUGGUCUCUUCCCAGGCAUCAUGCUGUACCUGACCACUUUCUAUCACAAGAAGCACAUCUCACUUCGCAAUGCGUACUUCUAUUCCAUCUCUGCCAUCUCUGGAGCCGUUGGUGGUCUCGUUGCCCUCGGUAUCGGUGAGCUCGACAACUGGGAUGGCCCUCAAGAGGGUGCUGCCGGAUGGCGAGCCUGGCGAUGGAUCCUCACCAUCAACGGUAUCCCCACCGUCCUGACAGCCGUUUUCAUCCCCUGGAUCCUGCCAAACACUCCCGCAACCGCCAAGUUUCUCACUGAGGAGGACCGACAGAACCUCUUGGACCUGCGAGCAGCGGAGAUUGGUCAAACAACAUCUGGUCAGGAGAUGCACAAGGAAGACGUCAUCGCUGGAGCCAAGGACUGGACCAUUUGGGCUCUCUCCAUUGCUCAAUACUGUAGUCACUCAGUCCUUUACAGCUUCAGUGUCUUCUUGCCAACCAUCAUCAAGCAAAUGGGCCAAUGGACCGACAAGCAAGUCCAGGGUCUCACAGUCCCUGUGUACGCCGUGGGCUUCGUCACCUAUCUGAUCUGUGCCAACAUCAGUGACCGAACCCAACAGCGAGGGCUUUUCUGCAUUGGAGGAGGUUUGACUAUGAUAGUCGGCUACAUUCUUCUGAUUGCCAACCAAAGCACUGCCAUGAGCUACGCUGGAUGCUUCAUUGUUGCUAUUGGUCUCUGGACCGGCUCUGGAUCUGGUAUGGCUUGGAUCACUGUCAAUCAGCCGCGAUAUGGCAAGCGUGCCUUCGCUAGCGGUAUCUUCAUCACCAUUGGAAACUCAGCUGGUGUUGCCGCCCCUUUCCUGUUCAGCAACGAAUACGAGCCCCAUUAUCGUCCCGGCUACGGUGCCUCUAUUGGCAUGCUGGCCCUUGCUGUCUGCAUUCACACUGCCGUCUACCUCCACUUCAAGCGUCUUAACAAGAGAAAGCUUUCUGGUCAAGAGGACUGGCGCAUGGAGGGCAAGACUGAGGAGGAGAUUGCUGAGCUCGGCGAGCACAACCCUCGAUACCUGUAUACUCUCUAGAGCCUUCAAUCUGCUUUCCAUCUUGAAUUGACUUGACGAGAACUGAGUUGACAUUUUUCAUAUAAUGGAUAAGAUUUGUUGGGUGAAGUCUAGAUAGAUAUUUAAUCUAAAUUGAAAAGUUUUGUCCAAACUCUAGCUCGAAUCUUCUUCCAUCCCACCGUCAUCUUCGUAUGUAAUACAUAACGUUGUCGUAUGAUUCUCC